AUGAAUUCUGCAACUUUUUUACGUGGAUGUGCAAUAUUUGCCUUUAUGGUUUCGAUGAUGUUUAUCGGUUUCGGCAUUACAGCAUACCACCACACGCAUGAUCCUGAUACAUAUAAACUCUAUAAAAAUACCAGCUGUCUAAUAACAGAUCAUAAACGCGUUACUGAAGAAAAACGUGUAUGCUAUGGCGCUGGUCAAAGAACUGGUUGUACGUCUCUAGAUGUGACUUAUGACAAACUUUUUUUGUCAUAUAUUAUUUGGAAUGGAACACUUGUUAAUGGCACAAGGUAUAUCGAGUUCUCUACAGAAAGAGAUUACUCUAAAGAAAUUGGUUCUCAUCACAAAUGUUUAUACAACCCAGAACGUGUAACAGAUGUAGUUUUGAAACUUCCUGAUGGAACAGGUAUAACUUUUGCAUAUGUCUGUUUUGGAAUUGGUUUUGGAAUUCUGAUAUUAGCUGGGGUCUUGUUUCUUGCCUCACGGAAAUUGAUGGCAGCACCUAAAACAUUUACUAAUAAAUUAGUUCUUACAGCACUUGCUACUGGUUCAGGUUUGGUAUCAUUUGGUUGGAAUACUGGUUGUCUCAAUAAUGCACAAGAAUCAAUUAAACCAUGGAUUGCUGAGUCAUAUUAUCAUCGAACAGGACAUGUACUAUCACCACACGUACUUACACUUCUAUGGAGUACUACUGUAGCAAUUUUUGCUAUUGGAGGAGCAAUAGGAGCUUUUACAGCAAGUAUAGUAAGUCGUCGAUAUGGUAGACGAGGUGGUCUUCUUAGAACAAAUCUACUUGGAAUUAUAGCAGCAGUAUUAAUGUCUUCAUCGAAAUUUGUACAUUCACCUGAAUUAUUAAUUUUUGGUCGUUUUAUUAUUGGUAUUGAAUGUGGUUUAUAUACUGGUUUAUGUACAAUGUAUUUAAGUGAAGUAAGUCCAAAACAUGUUCGAGGUAUGGUUGGAUCAUUGGGUGGUCUUUCGCCCUAUACGGGUCUUAUGUUAGCUGAAAUAAUGUCAACGCCUGCUAUACUUGGAACAAGUACAUUAUGGCCUUUAAUUACAGUUAUAGCAGCUGUUCCAAGUGUAACUCAAUUUACACUUCUACAAUUUUGUUAUGAAAGUCCACGAUAUUUAUUAAUGAAUC